AUGUCGCCUGCUCUACUGCUCCAUGGUUCUGAGCUCCCAUCACCAUCACCUCCUUCCGCUUUUUGUUGCCUUCUCCCCCAAGCUCGGCAGAGGGGCGCCAGAACUCAAGAUUAUCGCUUCAAGAUCUCCCGAUUUGGAUUUGGGGUGAAGUACUCUGGAUUUCUGCAUUUAGACCAGUGCCCCGUGCACGCGAAGUAA